CGAAGCAAGCGAAAACGGUCGCAAAACGCGUAACGACGGGGACGUUCCCUGAGUUUUUGAGUCAUUUUAUUAGCUAUUUUGUACCACUAUUUCACAAGUGUGCCCAAUUACACGUGCGUUUACGAUGAAGCAGACAUGGAGUGUGCAGUAAUUAGUGCAACAAUUGCUGCCUAACUAGUGCUUAACGUCCGAUUGCCACAAGCAGAAAAUGGAUCCAUUCGGUUUGCCUGCUACGCCACCCAACAGCAGCUGCCAAUAGUGUGUGUGGUUGCGUGAAUAAAAAUUCAAGUGAUUCCGUUUCGGUGGUGAAUCCUGUGGCAGGAAGAACCCAGCUAAUGCAAUUGCCAACCAGUGAAGGGUUUUAAAGUGUCGUGAAAGUGUUGCAGACGAGUGAUAAAAGUGAAGCGCUAUACCGUGUGUUCUGGAUACGUUUCGCUGUGCGUGUGUGUUUACUUCGUUUCGUGUUCGCCCUGUGUACCGCGUGCCGUACUGUACCAUUUUACACUUAUCAUCUAGUCAAGGAAAAAGUCCGGAAAGUUAGAGCCUACUCUGUUUGUUUAUGUUUCGCCAGCAGAAGCACAGAUUGCAAUUGAUAUAUUUUGCUUUUUUAACGUAUCAAUCCGUGAAGACUUGCGCACCAGCGGUGCGUACCAUUUUGAAAGCUUCCCCCACUAGCCAAUGGGGGCGCAUCGGCAAACGUAUCCAAAUUAAAUAAAACCGUUCACGUAAAAACGAACUGUUUUGAUACGUUUCUCCUAAAUCGUUCUGACAAGUGCGAAAUAUUGCGUACCAGCGCAACGCAUAGGGACAUUCCAGCAAGGAGUCGUCCUCUUGCCGUCCGGGGGCCAAAAAUAGACCCACAGCAAGGGUAAACAGUGUAGUGAAAUCGGUACACCCUGCAGUACCAGCAACAGUGGAGGGUAGAUUCGUUCCUUGCGUUAGGCUGCCCAACAUUCUCUAGGGGUGUUUCUUGUUUGCUACCCUCCUGGAAAACAGUGUUUUGAAGCAUUUUUGCGUACACACCACAGGGGUGUAGUAUUCUGUGCUACAGCCAAGGGACACAGCAAAGAAACGGUGCGACCCUCUCUUGUCGCGGGUCCGCGUUCGGUACUCAAGCUCGCUUCGCGCAUCAAAUCGCUUCCUGGGACGAUUAGUCUGUUCCCCCUGGUGUCUAGCGCUAAGGGGUAGUCCGAAAAGCGGUGUACGGAAACAGAAGGGAAGAGAGAGAAAGAGAGAGAGAGAGGCAGGAAGGUAAACGCCACCUUAUGCUGCCGCGCGCCUGUGAAUGUGUACGCGUGUGUUAAAGGUGCGCGCAUGGUGGCUAGUUGCAUGUGCUAGUGUACUUGCGCUAUCAAUUAUCAUGCUCAACCCGAUGCGCCGGUGAAAAAUUGUCUUAAAAGCACAAAAGAAAAAGUUAUGCAAAAGUGAUCCUAUUUCCUCUGCGCGUUACGCGACGCGGGACAGCGCGCUCACUGUUGUAUAUUGCUACUCUGUUCAUGUGUUCGUGUGUGUAUGUGCGCGCGUGUGUGUUGGUGAAUAAGAAAACGAAUAGAAGCAGAAAAGGAAGAGCCCAUUACACGUGCGAUCACAUCCUAGUGUUUUUUUUUUGGUUAAAGAGUGAGCAAGAAAGAAUGCGACAAGCUUAGAGAAGAGAUAGCAAUAGAAGCACCCUUAUGUUCGACAUCACCACCCCUAGAGUGACGGUGUAUUAUUGCAUUGCCUAGGUGAAGGAUAAAUGUUCGCCUGUGCGUCUGUGUGUGUGUGUGUGGAAAGGAAACAAUAAAACGGGGAAACGAGUGAAAACAUAAAGGGGGCGCCUGGCACCGCACACCGCCUAGAGCAUCGAGCGUGAGCGGAAACAAAACAUCUGCCGUGGAAAUAAUUAUUAAACGCACGGCAUAUGCUGUGAGACAAGAGACAAGGAUAACACGAUCGUACACUUACACAAGCACCCAAUAAAACGUGUGCGAGGGAGAUCGAAGACGAAAGAUCCUGUGCCUAGUGUUUCGGAAGUGGGAUCCUAUCCUAUUGUGGACGGUCGCAUCUUCAUCCCGGUGCCGAGAGACAGGAUCAGGUCCUGUUUCAUGUGUAUGCGUGCAUUAAGGAUUGCAGAUAUACAUCCUUUUGUAUAACGUGUGCGUGUGUGUGCUGCUGUACUAGGAAGUUGAUUGAACUUUUGCAUACUUUCUGUUGGGGUAAAAAAUAAGAACAUCCCUUCGACAGGAUCAGCUAUGUCGGGAACAAUGGACACCUCGGAUGAUGAUAAUUCGGAGCACUCGCAGGGAGAUAAGUCCGUAAAAUCUCGCUGGACCAAGCACGAGGAUGCCGCCCUUAAACAGCUCGUCGAACAGUACGGUGAACGGUGGGAUAUCAUCUCGAAGCUGCUAAAGGAUCGUACCGACGUCCAGUGUCAGCAGCGUUGGACGAAAGUAGUGAAUCCCGAUCUGAUUAAGGGUCCCUGGACCAAGGAGGAGGAUGACAAAGUGGUGUCCUUGGUCACAAAGUACGGUCCAAAGAAAUGGACACUCAUCGCACGGCAUCUUCGGGGGCGCAUCGGCAAACAGUGCCGCGAACGAUGGCACAAUCAUCUGAAUCCGAACAUUAAAAAAACCGCCUGGACCGACGAGGAAGAUCAGAAGAUCUACGAAGCGCACAAGCAAUUCGGUAACCAAUGGGCAAAGAUCGCAAAGCUGCUACCAGGCCGGACGGACAAUGCGAUCAAAAACCACUGGAACUCGACGAUGCGCCGCAAGUACGAAGGCCCAGAUGCAACCCGUCGACGGGUGAAGCUUAUCUCAUCGUCACAAGCGCACCAGCCGCAUCAGCUGAUGCACCAUGACUAUCAGCAGCAGUCGGGUGGCUCGAACAUGGAUAUGGACGAGAGUGGUGAAUCGAAGCCGAAAACGAUGCGCUAUCCACCGCACGAAAGUUUGCAAAACAUCAUUCGCAACAAUCGCAAAAAGCCUUCGAUCGAUGAGCAUAAGUUUAAGGACGAAAUACCGAUCGAGGAGGGUCAGAUCGAUGAUAAGGUGGCCGUAUCGACUGAGCAGGGUGAUUUCCUGAUACGCCCACUACCGGACCGGGAAAAGCAGUACGUCAUUGAGCCGGUAUAUCCAACACGGCUAAAUAUGAAAUUUUUCACCGAAAGCAAUGCGGCCAACAAUAAUAACAAUAUUACCGAAACGUUGCCAACUGCCGGUGGAUAUCCGAUGGCAAUCGGUGGCCAGCAAUAUCUUCCCGCCAACAUCGAUUUGCAUGAGCUGAUUAAUGCGACACGCAAUGAGGAUAGUGGCGUGGAGCAGACGGAUCAGAAAGGACGCCAUACAACGCCGAACAUUCUGCGACGAAAGCGCAAAUUAAAGGAAAAUCAAGAUUUGCACGAACUACUGUCGAUGCAGGGGCACUAUAAUGAACAGCAAGGUACAGCUGGUAAUGGGGCAAACGGUGCACAGGGCACUAUGCACACCGGUCAGGAUGGUAACGGUUAUCAUCGUGUCGGUGCGGAGAAAAUGCACCUUUUAUCACCGUCCAUUACACCGAUCAAGCCGCUACCUUUCUCGCCGAGCCAGUUCUUGAACUCUCCCAGUCUGAACGUGUCCUUCGAUCAGCUUCCCGCCAGUACGCCCGUCAAACGAGCAACAGUUAAACAGAACGACACUAGUCUAUUAAGCACCCCAGUUCCGGCGAAAGAUGUAUCGGUAAAGGCUGAACCGCUGAAACACGAACCUGAGAAACGUGCAGAAGAAGCUGAAGAUGAUGCUAAAACUAAAACACCACUGAAGGAAGGUGGAAAAGCGCCGGUCGAACCACGCACUCCGACCCCAUUCAAGAAUGCAAUGGCGGAGUUAGGAAAGCGACGCUCGGAAAUCUACAUUCCACCGAGUCCCGCACGUAUUGGGGAAGACAUUGCGGAAAUAAUGAACCAGGAACAGGCGAAAGAACACUCUGCCGAAACUUCGUCAACGUUGGCAAGUGGCAGUGAUGCAUCGAUGGACAAUAAAACAAUCGUCAACAACAACGACCCAUCAACGGUUACGGUUGAUGCGAAGGAAAUCACUGUCCCGGCGCGAAAUGGACAGUUGUCACCGCGCAUUGCAAAGAAACCUUCCUCUUCCUCCAUGUUUACGAAUCAAUGGGAAAACUCCGACAUGAGCUUUUUUGCCGAAACACCGAGUAAAUCACUUAUUUCGGACUCGGGAGUAACACUUUCGCCAUCAUUACGGGAUCAACUGUUGCUGGAUGGCGAUGCAAAGGAUUGUAACAAGUCCAGUAUAAAGUCACCGGUGCUCGUCGACCCGAAGUGGGAAAAGUAUGCAUGCGGCAAAACGCGUGAUCAUAUGAUCGUGUCGCAGCAAGCACAUGGCUGCUUGAAGAAGACAGCACUUCAGCCACGAUCGUUGAACUUUUACAAAUAGACGAAACGAACUUUCUGCUAACCCGAAAACACGACCGACGCGUACGUGUACCAGUAACUUGUGCAAAAGCAAUCAAUUUAAAUGCGUAGGAUCGGUGCUCUGAACCACUAGUGAAGUAAGACAACAAAGCGUUUAUGGUAGAUGUUACGGUUUAAGCGUUCUUAAGAUUAAAUAACUAUAUGAGAUAGAUUAUUGCAAAAUCUAGCAUACGGAUACAGCCGAUCAACGCACGCCUAACGAAAAGUGGUCGUACCUGGGACUUUCAACAAAUGUUCCCGUGACAUCCCUCUUACGUAAACUCCCCGUUAGAAUUUUCGUAGAGGCAUACAAAAGUAGAUUUAAGGCGUUCAAAACUAACCAAAAACCUCAUUUUAGGUAAGAAGCAAACUAACAUUCAUCUUCUUCGUACAGCAAAGUGCUCGUACGUAGAAAGAAAAACAUACUUGAUUGCACAUAUACAUACAUAUAUAGGUAUAUAUAUUUUGAAAAAAUGUUUACAUAUUUUUUCGUUUCUUUUCAUAAGCCCACUUGCAUGAUGAAAAAGGUACCUUAGAGAUUCCUUAAACAAAAACAAUGUUUGUCAUAAUUAAAGUGUUACAACCAAGUUUCACGUUCACACCCACAGUUCAAUCGGUAGCUAUAUUUUGAUAAACGUUUUGCACACAAAAUUAAUUGAACGCGUAUUGGAGGACAGAUUUAGUAUCGUUUUUUUUUCAUUCUAUUUGCUCGUUUGAAGCACACAUAAAUGCUAGGCUGACCAUCUUUAAGGGAACAUAUAUAUAUUUUUUUUAAAUUCACACUAUUUAGAUGCAUUUGACGACCCGUAGUGAAGCUUAACAGUCAGUUAUAUUUUUUAAAUAAUAUUUAGCAAACUCUUGGCCACAUUUUUGUUCAAAAGAAGGGAAGUAUGUUUAAAUUGUUUAGCGUGGUAGUUCUCAAAUGAGUCAUAAGAAAGGGCAAAGAUGCGUUAUAUAGUUGAGAACAUAUAAAUUAUAGAAGCGAAGUGUGUGACAAACGCCCCCCCCCCCCCCCUCGAAGAAAUAGAUAUUUUUGAUAAAUGUAUCUUGUAAUUGUUCACAUGCGGUAGUAAUAGGAGCGCCGUAUACGUUUGCAAAUUUAUUUUAUUUAAUAUUGUAAAAGUUUCGUAUCAGGGCAAUUUUUUUUCAUUUUUGCUGUAAUUCAAAGUUAGAUGGGGAAAGAAAUAAAGUAAUACAUAAUCAAACAACAGCUCAAAAAAAAAAUCAUUCUAAAUAUUUGCUUAUUUGUAUCUGAAAAAGGUAUUGAAGGCAUGGCCAGAUCUAGCCACACCAGUGCUAGAUAUCCUCCAAAAAGUACGGUAUCCGAUAUCCGGCCUUUAUCACCGUUUUCCAAAAAUCUAUCCUUAAUAUUAGCAUUUGGCUCAUCAAUAUUAUUUUAUAAUGCUUCAUCACCGGAGAUCAUCCUUGCCGGAUUUUUUUUAAAUGGCACGGUCGUAAAAUGCUUCUUUCAAGCAGCGGUUCCUUUCAUGGUCUACAUCUGAUAAGAAUACACUUUGCCUGUGUAUUGUUUAUCAUUUGUUCACUCUUUCUGGCUUCGUCUUUCCGUUUGGUGCAUUCGAUCUAGACCUGUGAUG